UGCGGUUGCCAAAAUAGUAGGCAGUAAUGUGAAAAAAAUGCAGAAGUUUGCUUCCACAGUGAAGAUGUGGGUCUUUGAGGAGAAUAUUAAUGGGAGAAAACUGACAGAUAUCAUAAAUAAUGAACAUGAAAAUGUAAAGUAUCUCCCUGGACACAAGCUGCCAGAUAAUGUGGUUGCUGUCCCAAACCUUAAUGAAGCUGUAAAGGAUGCAGACUUGCUGGUUUUUGUCAUUCCACAUCAGUUCAUCCAUAAAGUCUGCGAUGAAAUCACAGGACGAGUACCCAAGAAAGCACUUGGCAUAACUCUCAUAAAGGGAAUAGAUGAAGGCCCGGAGGGACUCAAACUGAUCUCUGACAUUAUUCGAGAGAAGAUGGGAAUAGACAUCAGUGUGCUGAUGGGAGCUAACAUUGCCAAUGAGGUGGCAGCAGAGAAAUUCUGUGAAACCACAAUAGGCAGCAAAAUCUUGGAAAAUGGCCUUCUCUUCAAAGAACUCCUGCAGACUCCAAACUUUCGAAUAACUGUAGUAGAUGAUGCAGAUACAGUUGAGCUUUGUGGUGCUCUGAAGAACAUAGUGGCAGUAGGAGCUGGGUUCUGUGAUGGCCUUUGCUGCGGCGACAAUACCAAAGCUGCUGUUAUUCGCCUUGGCCUGAUGGAGAUGAUCGCCUUUGCCAAAAUUUUUUGCAAAGGACAGGUGUCUACUGCCACUUUCCUGGAGAGCUGUGGAGUUGCUGACCUCAUCACAACGUGUUAUGGUGGCCGGAAUCGACGUGUAGCAGAAGCAUUUGUUAAAACUGGAAAGUCUAUUGAAGAAUUGGAGAAAGAAAUGUUGAAUGGCCAGAAACUGCAGGGACCACAGACUUCUGCAGAAGUGUAUCGCAUCCUCAAGCAGAAAGGAAUAUUGGACAAGUUCCCACUAUUCACGGCUGUGUAUCGAAUCUGCUAUGAAGGGAAGCCUGUCAGAGAGAUGAUAUCCUGCCUUCAGAGUCACCCAGAGCACAUGUAAAAUCAAUCAGGCUGUUGUACUAACGCAGCUUUCUGCCUUUCCAAUUUAUAUCUGGGUUCAAGUGGAUGUAUCUGUCAUUAAACUUUGUUCAAAGCUGCUCACUAGGCAACAGUAACAACAUGAAUGUGUCUGAAGGGGUAUGGUUUUUGUUGUACAGCCUAGUUUGGCAUAGCAUGCAGUGUUGGCUUGGUGAUUGUCCUCUUACUGGCUAAAAUACAACAAUACAGAAGUUGCACUACUUACCUAGUAUAUAUACAGAAGUGUACUUUGACUGUGUUCCUACACCAUAAAACACAAUGUUUUGUUGUCUCUUAUUAAGGCCUAAUCCAAAAUCCACUGGGCACUGUGGGAAGAAUCCCACUGGUUUAGAUCGAAGACUGAGUCAAGCCUGUAACCUUGAA